AUGGUCAUCCAACGGAGGACAAUUACAUCCUCCAAGACCUUCCUUGAUCAUCUAGCGCCCCAUAAACGGGCUGGUUGUCACGCGGAGGAUUCCGAGCGUUUGGACAAUUCGGUGACAUUGGCCUCUGAAAGUUCUAGCGGGUCCUCUCGGAGCAAAGACAGUUUGCUGGGGGUCUUCCAGCCAGCGCAGAAUGAACCAGGUAAUAGUCUACUUUUGCAGGGCGGAGUGUAUGGCGAAGAUGAUGGCGAGCUGGACGCUGCUCCUGCCAUGUUGCUGGCGCCACCUAACACAUUGAGGCUAUCCAGAGACAGGGCAUUUCGUUCGCACGGAAGCGGAAAUCUUGCGAAUCAACGCCACUCUGAUAGAUGCCACCGGCCUUGCGAGGCGGAAGGCACAGACGGCAAACUCUCGACCUUCUAUGUCCCCAGGCGACAUUCCAGUCCUGGACUCGCACAUAUUUUAUCUCAUAAACUCUCCACAACUUUCGGUCACCCUACCAUCAUCCACCGUGCGGACCUCCGUCAAAGGCCGGAGAUUCCCGACUUUUCUUUCAGUGCAAUCUCGUCUACUGUACUUGACCUACAGAAACUGGGAGAUAAUACCCAGGAUGAUUCAGAUUCUUCGUCGUCAGCCCGCAGCGGGUCGUCCCCCAGGACCCAAUCCACAAAUCCAACUUCCGAUGGUGACCCGUUAGCUUCCAUUCCAAAGAAUUCCAACAAGGGGGGCCGCAAUCGCGGUCAAACACCUCCAGGCUCUACUCCAACUAAUGAUAAAUCGUGCCAAGCGGACAGGAUAACUCCUUCGAUUCUCACAGUUGAGGCUGCUGCGUCUGCAAGAAUCUUUUUUGAAAUUUAUUUCAAUGAACUGUUUUCUGGAGAGUCCCCACGUUUUGAGCGUCGACGCGAACUUGAAGAAAGACUAUAUUUCUCCAACCUUUCUACACAAGAACGUGCUCGAGCAAAAUUAGCAUGGCUCUUGGGAAGGGUAGUUUUGGCGUUGUUCGCCCUUGUGAGGGAAAAACAGCCCCUGAAUGAGAGUGAAGAGACUUCAAGGUUAGAGUCCCAUGGAGAUCAAAGCCACAGGAGGUCAAGUACCCUUGACGUUUUGAAAUCUGCUGUUGAGGGCACUAGAAGUUCUCGUCGUAAAGAACUAGACCAGACGAAAAGAGCCGUUUUCGCAAUGAAAGUCAUUAGAAAGUCGGAUAUGAUACGAAAUUGUCAGGAAGGGCAUCUACGAGCAGAAAGAGACUUUCUCGUUGCAUCGGCAAAAUCUCGCUGGAUCGUUCCGCUUAUUUCUAGUUUCCAGGACGCCCAUAAUCUCUAUCUCGUCAUGGAUUUCAUGAUCGGUGGGGACUUCCUUAGCCUAUUGAUAAGGAAGAAUAUCUUGAGUGAAGAUAUUACCCGAUGGUAUAUCGCUGAGAUGAUUCUUUGCGUGGAAGAAACUCAUCGUCUCCGGUGGAUACAUCGAGAUAUCAAACCUGAUAAUUUCCUUAUUUCUGCUUCAGGCCACUUAAAGAUAUCUGAUUUUGGGCUUGCUUUUGACGGACAUUGGUCCCACGAUCAAACAUAUUUCAUGAACCAAAGACAGUCAUUAAUGUCGAAGCUAGGAAUACAAGUCGAGGGGGACAAUAAAGACAAAAAGGCAGCUUAUGAAGUCGCGCAAGCUGCUGCCCCUGGGGCGGCAAAGUUGGAACCCGGUAGGACUCACGACCGACCGCCUUCGAUUCCCGGCCCAGGCCCGAACGAUGAUAUCCUUCGCUGGAGAAACCGAAAACAAAGGAAAAAGCUAGCCAGAAGUGUUGUGGGAACCAGUCAAUACAUGGCGCCGGAGGUCAUCAAAAGUGAGCCUUACGACGGAAGAUGUGACUGGUGGAGCAUUGGGAUCAUUCUGUAUGAGGUGCGCCCUUUUGUGCUAGGCUCCCGCAUUGCUGAUGCGUACUUGCUAAAAUACAUCAAGUGUCUAUACGGCUUUACUCCUUUUGCGGCGAAAACAAGAAAUGAUACCAAAAAAAGGAUCCUCCACCACUAUCAAACACUUUACUUCCCUACGGACCGACCCUCUGAUGGCCUUAUCUCUGACGAUGCCAUUGAUUUAAUUAUGCGGCUACUGCAAGAAAAGGAGUAUCGCCUUUGUUCCGAAAAAUAUAUUCUUAAUGAUUUUGUCCAUUCGGGAAGGAUACCAGGGGAGCUACUCAAUUUCCCGUCCGACAAAACCGUUAAAGGCUAUCGUGGUUAUUACGUCUAUUCGGAUGAUGCCGCUGAUAUCAAAACUCAUCCCUUUUUUAAGAGUAUUCGAUGGGACGAACUUCACUACCGUACUCCCCCAUUUAUACCAAAAGUUAAGGGCUGGGAAGACACAAAGUAUUUUGAAGGCGAACUGGUGAGCGAUGCUCCGGAUGGGACAAGCGAAGCGAGCCCUCCUGAAGAAAUAGAUCCUGCAGACGAAGCUAUCAAAGCCCAGCUGGACAGCUCCAAUGCGGGUGUCAAAUCUGGAGGGAAGUCGAAGAGUAAUGUGCUGGCUGGCCUUGCAGUCACCUUUCAGAAUAAACCCCCUAAGAAGAAACGAGAGAAAAAGCGCGCUCGAGAUAAGAUCUUACGGGAUGAACAGAUGGGGAAAACUGCUUUGGAGAUGCGAAAGAGAACGGCCUUUUUAGGAUAUAGUUAUCGGCGUCCCAAGGAUGUCCUUCUUGCACUUGAGCCGGAACGAAGCUAA